UUUGGGUGUUUCGAUAAGCCAUACUGCAUGCACAACCACACCUAACUGGAAUGUAGCCUUUCUUAAGGUUUUUAAAUACAGCUGUGAAUUUCCUGCUGUGUUAAAAAGGCUGCCAUUAAAAAAAAAAAAAACACUACUCCACUGCAAGAAAAAAACAGUGGGAAAACGGUCGUUGCUAAUUUUCUCUCAGACACAGCAGCAGAAAAUGUUGGAGGUGAAUACAGACCUACUCAAGGAGUAAGGAUACUGGAAUUUGAAUCGCAACCUGAAGGCAGUGGUGACUACGCAAAAUGUGAGGUUGAACUUUGGGACUGUUCAGGAGAUUUUAAAUUUGAAUCAUGCUGGCCUGCACUGAUGAAGGAAUCCAGCGGUGUGGUGAUCAUUUUUAAUCCUGAUGUUCCAAGUCACCUCAAAGAAAUAGAGACGUGGCAUUCGAUGUUCAUCUCCUCUCAAGGUUUGCAGGACAACCAGUGUUUACUCGUGGCUCACCACAAGCCUGGCAGCGGAGUAGAAGAUGGACGGCUGCCUUUAGCCUCACAUUUGGCCAGACUGCCACUUAUUCACUGCAACCUGGAGGAGGAACCAGAUGAGGUGGGGCAAGCUUUCCGCAGAUACUUGGGAAAUGUUAUAAAUACAAUGUCGGAAAGCCGAGAGCAAGAGGAGAUGUCCAUUAUUACAUAACAGCAAAAUCUAUAAAAUAUGCAGCUUAAUGAAGACAUUUUUUGGCAUCGGCAGUCUCUGUUCAAGUUACAUUCAUCAACAUUUCCCAUUUUUAAAGUUAUUAAUUACACAUCUUUGCUGUCAGCUGUACAUGAAAUCUUCCAAAAUCCCUUGCAAUUUUUUUUGCAAAAAUAUUUUACUACAGUAAGGUGGUUUUGUUUGCUUUUUUUGCGUCUUGAAUUUUGUGUCUUGUGAAUAAAACAUGACCUAACUUACUCUGGCAAAUAGUACUCAAGACACUAAAUAUACUUCUGACUAUAGACAUUGUUUAUUUUGAAAAUUUGGUGCAGGUUGCUGAGAAUGUGACGAUUUAAAGUGUAAAAGAAGAAAGAACAGUACAACAUUUAGACAUCAUAUCCAAUAAUGCCUCCUUUGCCAAUGCACUCUCCAAUGUAGAACCACAUCAGCACCUCAGUGGCCACAAGUCCAUUCCUUAAGGCAUCCUAAAAAACAAAAGACAAUCUAAUUUAACUUGAGACAACGGCUUUAAUGACACUCUAUAGAAUUAGAUAAUGAGUUAUGAUAGUUUUAUAUGUUAAUGAGGCCUGAAAAUGUAACAUGAAAGAGUAAUUGUAGAGUGCAAAAAUGAGUCCCUUCCCAUGCAUACAAUUAACCACUACCUGUCACAGACAACACACUAUGAGCAUGCACGCACACACAUAUUUUAUUUCACCUGUUGUAUAUGAAGUUUGUGUAAUUGUUAA